AUGCUCGAUAUUCAAGUCUACCUUGUGUUGUUCCUUCUAUGGUUCAUCUCCACCAUUUUAAUUAAAUCUUUAUUCACAAAACCCCAAAGUCUUAGGCUACCCCCAGGUCCCCCAAUUUCCUUGCCGCUUCUUGGACACGCUCCUUACCUCCGAUCCCUCCUUCACCAAGCGCUAUACAAACUAUCACUUCGCUAUGGACCCCUUAUUCAUGUUCUCAUUGGUUCCAAGCACGUCGUGGUUGCUUCGUCAGCAGAAAUGGCCAAGCAAAUCCUUAAGACCAAUGAGGAAUCCUUUUGCAACCGGCCAAUCAUGAUCGCGAGUGAGAGCUUGACGUAUGGUGCCGCCGACUACUUCUUCAUUCCGUACGGAACAUACUGGAGGUUCCUGAAGAAGCUCUGCAUGAACGAGCUCCUCAGUGGGAGAACCCUAGAACAUUUCGUUGACACUCGCCAAGACGAAGUGGAGGCGUUUGUGAGGAACAUUCUAGAAAUAUCUAAAACCGGUAAGGCGAUCGAGAUGAGGCACGAGUUGAUAAGGCACACAAAUAACAUAAUUUCGAGGAUGACAAUGGGAAAGAAGAGCAUCAAGAGCGACGACGAGGUUGCCAGGUUGAGGAAGGUGAUUAGGGAAGUUGGGGAGCUUCUUGGAGCGUUUAAUUUGGGGGAUAUAGUUGGUUUCAUGAGGCCUUUUGAUCUUCAAGGGUUUGGGAAGAAGAACUGGGAAACACAUCACCAAUUGGAUGUAAUGAUGGAGCAGGUUUUGAAGGAGCACGAAGAGGCAAGGUCAAAGUCUGAUAGUGACAGGAAGAAGGAUCUCUUUGACAUUCUCUUGGACCUCAUUGAAGCAGAUGGUGAUAAUAAACUCACUAGAGAAAGUGCCAAAGCCUUCGCCUUGGACAUGUUCAUUGCGGGGACUAAUGGGCCAGCAAGUGUGUUAGAGUGGUCACUGGCAGAGCUGAUAAGGAACCCACACGCAUUAAAGAAGGCAAGAGAAGAAAUCGAUUCUGUAGUUGGGAAGGACAGACUGGUGAAAGAAUCAGAUAUACCAAAUCUGCAUUAUCUCCAAGCAGUAGUCAAAGAAACUCUGAGGCUUCACCCACCAACACCGAUCUUCGCAAGAGAAGCCUUAAGAAGCUGCCAAGUCGAAGGCUAUGACAUUCCUCAGUAUUCCAAGAUCUUUGUCAAUGCUUGGGCCAUUGGAAGGGACCCAAACCACUGGGACAACGCGCUCGAGUACCUUCCUGAGAGGUUCUUGCAAACGGAAGAACCUGGAAAGAGUAAAAUCGAUGUCAGGGGCCAAUACUAUCAGUUACUGCCUUUUGGGAGUGGAAGAAGAAGCUGCCCUGGCACCUCACUUGCAUUGCUUGUUAUACAAGGAACACUGGCGAGUUUGAUUCAGUGCUUUGAUUGGGUUGUUAACGAUGGAAAAAAUAAUGGGGUUGAUAUGUCCGAGGAAGGAAGGGUAACUGUGUUUUUGGCAAAGCCGUUAAAGUGCAAGCCUGUUGCUCGCUUUGCUCCAUUCUCAUCGGCGUGAAAUUAAAGGAACAUGUAUGUGUUUCAUGGUUGCAGCAGUGAAGAAUCCAAUUCAUUUCUUGCCUUAA